GAUACUUAAAUCGACAACGAUUUACAUGUCUGCCGAUAGGUGUCGGUGAGGGUGCCUACCUUUUCGAGCGUUCGCUUUACGAUGGUGGACACAAAAGCUCAAACUCCGGAGAAGAAAGCUGCAGCUACCCCAGCUGUAGCUGCUCCAGCAGCAGCCAAAGAGGGGAAAGUAAAGAGCAAGGGCAAGCCUACGAGAGGACAGCCAAGGAAUUAUGAUUUAGGGAAUGGCGUUUACAGGUUCAGUCGUACUCGCAUGUACCACAAAAAAGCUAUCUAUAAAUUCCUUGGAAAGAAAACUCAAAAGAAGGCUAAGCCCAAGAAACCCUUGACUAUCGAAAAGCAGAUUGGUGGUGACAAGAACGGUGAGAAGCGUAUUGUGCUUUUGAAGAAGAGACGCGCAAACUAUCCUACCGCUGAUCGAGUUACCGUGCAUCAUGCUAAGAAAUGUUUCCAUGAACAUCGUCGUUACUUGAGACCGACUCUGAAACCAGGAACAAUCUGCAUCUUGUUGGCUGGUCCCCAUAAGGGAAAGAGAGUGGUCUUUCUAAAACAAUUGAAGAGUGGUUUGCUUUUGAUUACUGGACCAUUCCUGAUCAAUGCCUGUCCUUUACGAAGAGUCAGUCAAAAUUAUGUGAUUGCCACUUCCACGAGCUUAAAUGUUUCUGGCGUCAAAGUGCCCACACACAUCAAUGAUGAAUAUUUUAAAAGAAAACGUGACAAGCGCGCCAAGAAGGAGGAAGGUGAUAUUUUCAGCAAAAAAAAGGAAGAAUAUAAACCGAGCGAUCAAAGAAAGGCUGAUCAGAGAGUAGUUGACAAAAUGGUGAUCAAAGCUAUUAAGAAACAUCAAGAUAAAAAAUUGCUGUUCACAUAUCUGUCAGCAAUGUUUGGACUACGAAGCAGUCAGUAUCCACACAGGAUGAAGUUUUAAUUGUCUGUCAUGCUUAUAAUUCGAACUUUUCAAAGAAAUAAAUAUAAAACUAAAAAUCUA